CUCUCUUUCAUCUAAAAAAAUACCGUCUCUCUCUCUCUAGAGUCUUGAAGAGACUGUCUCUCUACGCUUUAAAUUGAGGAAUGCAAAGCAAAACAGAGGCCGUGUUUUUCUGAGUCACAUCUUACACGAUUUAGGUCCCCUUCUAGUUCCACGUAGUACAACCACCUUUGCCAAACUUCAAUUUCACCACUUGGGUCUUGUUGGGUCUCUCUUAUUUUAUUCUCUCUUACAAGAAAUAUUGCAUUUUUUUGCACUGCUAUUAUUUUGUGUGCUACUGUAACAUUGAAGUAUAAGGCAUUUCUUCAAUGGCCUAAAUAACUAGUAUCAGUAGGCAGUGGCAGACCCUUUUUUUUCUUUUUUUGAAGAAGCUUCAUUGGGUUUGGUGUUAACAAUGGCCACUUCAGGUGGUGGUAAUUACAGAAAUGGGACACACAAGAGCUCCAUGAAGGUGGAUAGGUCUCUCUCUUUGAAUUCAAACCCAAAGUCCUCUGUAAAGUCCAAGUCUUUGCCUUCUUCUGGGCCCCGCCGCAAUAGCACUGGCUCUCUAGCCGGUGGAGCAGCCAAGGAUAAUGCUGGAGUUCCUGGAAGAGUUCGAGUAGCUGUGAGAUUGAGACCGCGUAAUGCUGAGGAAUUGGUGGAAGAUGCUGAUUUUGCUGAUUGUGUAGAAUUGCAGCCAGAGCUUAAAAGGUUGAAACUUCGAAAAAACAAUUGGGACUCAGACACUUAUGAGUUUGAUGAAGUGCUUACCGAGUUUGCAUCCCAAAAACGUGUUUAUGAAGUUGUAGCAAAGCCUGUUGUUGAGAGUGUUCUGGAUGGUUACAAUGGAACCAUCAUGGCAUAUGGGCAGACUGGUACGGGUAAAACAUAUACUCUUGGACGACUUGGAGAGGAAGAUACAGCUGCUCGUGGAAUAAUGGUGCGUGCUAUGGAGGAUAUUCUAGCAGAUGUUUCGUUGGAGACUGAUUCAGUCUCGGUCUCAUAUCUGCAGCUUUAUAUGGAGACUAUACAGGACCUUCUUGAUCCCGCCAAUGAUAACAUUCCUAUUGUGGAAGACCCAAAAACUGGUGAUGUUUCAGUACCUGGGGCUACCCUAGUGGAAAUUAGGGACCAGCACAGUUUUGUGGAACUACUGCGAUUAGGGGAAGCUCAUCGCUUUGCUGCAAACACAAAAUUGAAUACAGAAUCUUCUCGUAGUCACGCUAUACUGAUGGUACAUGUAAAGAGAUCUGUCAAGGCAAGGGAUUCAGCAUUUUCAAGUGAAAAUGGUAACAGUCCUCAUAUGAAAACAUUAAAACCUUCCCUUGUUCGGAAGGGAAAGUUAGUUGUGGUAGAUCUUGCUGGUUCAGAGCGUAUUGAUAAGUCAGGAAGUGAGGGGCAUACACUAGAGGAAGCCAAAUCCAUCAAUCUCUCCUUGAGCGCAUUGGGAAAGUGCAUUAAUGCACUGGCAGAGAAUAGUGCACAUGUUCCUGUUCGUGAUUCAAAGCUUACAAGAUUGCUUAAGGAUUCAUUUGGAGGCACAGCAAGAACUUCACUGGUUAUUACUAUUGGUCCAUCCCCACGUCAUCGAGGAGAGACAGCAAGUACUAUAAUGUUUGGACAGAGGGCUAUGAAGGUGGAAAAUAUGUUGAAAUUGAAGGAGGAAUUCGAUUACAAAAGUUUAGCUAGAAGAUUAGACAUACAAUUAGACAAACUUAUUGCAGAACAUGAAAGGCAGCAGAAAGCAUUUGAGGAUGAAAUCGAAAGAAUAAACGUAGAAGCACAAAAUCGGAUUUCUGAGUUUGAAAGUAACCAUGCAGAUGCAUUAGAGAAGGAAAGACUGAAAUAUCAAAAAGACUAUAUGGAUUCAAUAAAGAAGCUUGAAGAGCAAUUGGUGAAGAAUCAGCAAAAGAAUGGCAGUGAAAAAGUUCCAGUUGGACUCAGAGAAGAUGGCUCUGCCUUGACAUCUAACACAGAGAGUUCCAAGGUCUCUGCUGCAGAGGAAGUUGCUGAGCUGAAGAAAUUGCUUCAAAAAGAAAAUCUUUUACGGAAGACUGCUGAAGAGGAAGUUAAUAAUCUUAAAAGUCAAAUAGCUCAAUGGAAAAGGUCUGAGGCAUCAGGAAACUCAGAGAUCUUAAAGCUUCGCAAGAUGCUGGAAGAUGAGGCAAGUCAGAAAGAGAAACUUGAAGGAGAAAUAGCAAUACUACAAAGCCAGUUGUUGCAAUUAAGUUUUGACGCUGAUGAGACAACAAGAAGACUUGAUAGAGGUGGAUCUGGUAAAGUUCCAAGCGGUCUAGAUUCACUUAUAUCUCAAGUUAAACAUCACCAGCAAGAUUCAGGAAAUGGGGAAAAGGCCUCAAUAGCCAAACUCUUUGAACAAGUGGGAUUGCAAAAGAUCUUAUCGUUGCUUGAAGCUGAAGAUGCUGAUGUGCGAAUUCACGCUGUGAAAGUGGUUGCAAAUCUAGCUGCUGAAGAGAUGAAUCAGGAAAAGAUUGUAGAAGCUGGUGGACUUACAUCGUUGUUGAUGCUUCUUAGGAACUCUGAGGAUGAGACCAUACAUAGAGUUGCAGCAGGUGCUAUUGCCAAUCUUGCAAUGAAUGAAACCAACCAGGAGCUCAUCAUGUCUCAAGGGGGCAUUGCUUUGUUAUCAAUGACAGCAGCCAAUGCUGAGGAUCCUCAAACCCUUCGGAUGGUUGCUGGAGCUAUUGCAAAUCUUUGUGGCAAUGAUAAGUUGCAGAUGAAGCUAAGGAGUGAAGGUGGUAUCAAAGCAUUGCUAGGAAUGGUCAGAUGCAGACAUGCUGAUGUUCUUGCACAAGUUGCUCGUGGAAUAGCAAAUUUUGCAAAAUGCGAGUCAAGAGCAGCUACGCAAGGAACUAAGACUGGAAGGUCUCUUCUGAUUGAGGAUGGUGCACUUCCAUGGAUUGUACAGAAUGCUAACAAUGAAGCCUCACCAAUCAGGCGUCAUAUUGAGCUUGCACUUUGUCAUCUAGCACAACAUGAAGCAAAUGCAAAAGAUAUGAUCAGUGGAGGUGCUUUGUGGGAGUUGGUUCGCAUCUCACGAGACUGUGCACGGGAAGACAUAAGGACUCUUUCACAUCGAACACUAACUUCCAGCCCUACUUUCCAAGCUGAAAUGAGGCGUUUAAGGAUAGGUCAUUGAUAAAUUUGUGAAGUAAUUGAAGCAGCUGAAGGUGGGGUAGCUUGGAAAUAUACAUGUAGCUGAUCCCAGCUGGAAAGAUUGAUCUUUUCAAGGUAAAAGAAGCAGGAUGCUUUGACUUUGCUGUCAGUGUCAGCUGUAUUGGCCAAAGUUUUGUUAUUAGUGGGGUAUGCUUGGGUUGUAGGCCUUGUAUGAAGUUGAUUACAGAUGAUAACUCUAAUUUAUUAAUCAAAUUAUAGUCUUGUAAUGUCAUUUAAUGUAUUCACCCAGGUAUGACCUUCCCAUGUGUAGCUUCUAAUUAGCUUGUAAAUUGAUUUGUAUAUGAAAUCAUUAGGAAAAAAA